CACGGAAGUAUAAGAAUAUACUCUCUAAUAAUUUUGAAAUGGAAUCUUUGUUUUUGUUAAUAAUAAUCUAUAUGAUCCUGGUGCUCGCUUCAUCUCAGAUUCCUCCCGGAUCACCAGUCAUCAACGGACCUAAAGUAAUAGUUCUGAAUUCAAAGAUAACAUUAACAUGUACGUCUGCCAGAGGUGAUCCACCACCGACUGUGAAAUGGUUCAAAGACGACACGGAAAUAACAAAUGGUGUUUCUACAACAACUGCUGGUACAGCAGUGACAACAUCUUUCACGUUUACUGCCACUAAAGAUUAUCAUUUAGAGGUUGUAGAGUGUCAAGCUGAAAAUGGUGAACUACAAAAUCCAUUAAGUACUGCUAAAACUAUUGAGGUACAAUUUUCACCAGAAUCACCAGUUUUGACUGGUCCGACCACUUUAACACCAGGACAACAAGGCAUAUGGACAUGUGUUUCUGUCAAUGGUUAUCCAGCAGGUGUUAUGAGCAUGCGAAAUCAAAAUAAAAAUACUCAGUUUACUACUGAGUUUACAUCUAACAGUGUAUUAGAUCAACAAUCCUAUGAUGCUACUGGUACCCUUAUCUGGAGCCCAGUGAUUGUUAACAAUGGAGACACAAUUUGCUGUGAUGUUACACAUACAACCACAUCUACUACUCCACAGACAGUGUGCAGACAAAUUACAGUCUCUCAACCUAUUGCAAUUAACGCUCCUGUGAAUCAGUACACUCCAACUCUACAGACAACAGUUACUCUCCUGUGUGAUGUUACUCAAGGAACUGCAUCUCAAAUUAUAUGGAUUAAAAAUAACGUUCAACUAAAUAUAGGCACUAAUUCACGACUUACUGGUGGUACUGUCGCUACUGAAUCUCUGACAAUUACUAAUGUACAACAAUCUGAUGGUGGAAACUACGUCUGUAGAGGCAUUGAUGCUGUCACUGGUAACAUUGUGAAUACAGAUACCAUUAAUGUGAACCCUUUUGGCACACCACCAAUAACAUCCAUCCCACAGUCGUCCUAUACUCAAAUAACAGGACAACAAAUUAUUCUGGGGUGUACAGUUAACUCACCUAACAGUCCUCUACAGGAGGUUAAGUGGACCUUCACCAAUAUUCAAGGACAAACGACAGACCCUAUCUCUAUUUCAAACUCAAAUGGAAAGUAUUCAGGCUCCUCAGUCAAUAGCCCAUCUUUGACCAUAAACAGUGUUGCAUCAACCGACCAAGGAGUAUACAGUUGCAAGGCCAGAAAUGCUGUUGGAACCUCCACAAAAAAUCCAACAACAAGUCUAACUGUAACAGGAAGUGUGCCUGUAGUCCAGAUUAAUCCUUCUACCUACACAGCAACCUAUGGUAGUCAAGUGCUAAUUAAUUGUAAUAUCGUAUCUGCUAGUCCUGCAGUAACUCAAGUCUACUGGCAGAGAAGUUCAAAUAAUCAGAUUCUAAGAAUUGACAAUGGAGACCAGGGAUAUCAAGGCAGUACAACAUCUACACCUUCAUUAACCAUUAAUUUUGUCAAUACAGCUAACGCUGGAGUAUACACAUGUUUUGCUACAAAUGCAGUAGGCACUGGCACCAGUAAUCUAGGAACUGUUACAGUAACUGGAGGACUUCUGUCUGUUUUUGUCACUCCACAAAAUCAAAGUGUUAUACACGGCAAUCAGCAGAGAAUAACCUGCACUGUGAGUGGAACUCCAUCUGCACAAAACAUUGCCUGGCUGUUUACAGCAGCUGGUAGCUCUCAGCAAACUCUAUUAAAUACAAGAAACAGUCAAAAAUAUUCAUUUGGUACAACCCAGGAUCCUUUUUUAACUGUUCUUAACUUCCAACCAAGUGAUUCUGGCACUUAUGUAUGUAGGGCCACAAAUGCUGCUGGGUCAACAUCUAGUAACCCUGGUUCAACUUUACUCUAUAGCACGGCACCUACUACAUAUGUUGAACCAAGACAGUAUACAGCAACAGUAGGUGAUGCUAGUUUCCAGAUUCAGUGUCUGGUAACUGCAACACCUGGAGCAACAUCUUGGUAUUGGACAUUCCAACCUGUAGGUGGCAGUCAACAAACCAUAGCCCAGGGAACCAAUGACAAUCAGCAUACUGUUGAUAAUUCUGGCACAAACCCGUACUUGACAGUAAAAAGUAUUGCUUUGAAUGAAGCUGGUAUCUACACUUGCUAUGCAACUAAUUCUGCUGGUACCAGUGAUGGUGCCAACAAUCCUAGUUCUAGACACACUUUGACAGUCAUAGGAGGACUCCUGUCUGUUUUUGUCACUCCACAAAAUCAAAGUGUUAUACACGGCAAUCAGCAGAAAAUAACCUGCACUGUGAGUGGAACUCCAUCUGCACAAAACAUUGCCUGGCUGUUUACAGCAGCUGGUAGCUCUCAGCAAACUCAAUUAAAUACAGGAAACAGUCAAAAAUAUUCACUUGGUACAACCCAGGAUCCUUUUUUAACUGUUCUUAACUUCCAACCAAGUGAUUCUGGCACUUAUGUAUGUAGGGCCACACAUGCUGCUGGGUCAACAUCUAGUAACCCUGGUUCAACUUUACUCUAUAUCACGGCACCUACUACAUAUGUUGAACCAAGACAGUAUACAGCAACAGUAGGUGAUGCUAGUUUCCAGAUUCAGUGUCUGGUAACUGCAACUCCUGGAGCAACAUCUUGGUAUUGGACAUUCCAACCUGUAGGUGGCAGUCAACAAACCAUAGCCCAGGGAACCAAUGACAAUCAGCAUACUGUUGAUAAUUCUGGCACAAACCCGUACUUGACAGUAAAAAGUAUUGCUUUGAAUGAAGCUGGUAUCUACACUUGCUAUGCAACUAAUUCUGCUGGUACCAGUGAUGGUGCCAACAAUCCUAGUUCUAGACACACUUUGACAGUCAUAGGAGGACUCCUGUCUGUUUUUGUCACUCCACAAAAUCAAAGUGUUAUACACGGCAAUCAGCAGAGAAUAACCUGCACUGUGAGUGGAACUCCAUCUGCACAAAACAUUGCCUGGCUGUUUACAGCAGCUGGUAGCUCUCAGCAAACUCAAUUAAAUACAGGAAACAGUCAAAUAUAUUCACUUGGUACAACCCAGGAUCCUUUUUUAACUGUUCUUAACUUCCAACCAAGUGAUUCUGGCACUUAUGUAUGUAGGGCCACAAAUGCUGCUGGGUCAACAUCUAGUAACCCUGGUUCAACUUUACUCUAUAUCACGGCACCUACUACAUAUGUUGAACCAAGACAGUAUACAGCAACAGUAGGUGAUGCUAGUUUCCAGAUUCAGUGUCUGGUAACUGCAACACCUGGAGCAACAUCUUGGUAUUGGACAUUCCAACCUGUAGGUGGCAGUCAACAAACCAUAGCCCAGGGAACCAAUGACAAUCAGCAUACUGUUGAUAAUUCUGGCACAAACCCGUACUUGACAGUAAAAAGUAUUGCUUUGAAUGAAGCUGGUAUCUACACUUGCUAUGCAACUAAUUCUGCUGGUACCAGUGAUGGUGCCAACAAUCCUAGUUCUAGACACACUUUGACAGUCAUAGGAGGUGAUCUUGAUAUUACAGUAUCACUGACGACAUAUUCAGCAAUAACUGGCGAUUCUAUUGUAACCAUACUGUGUAAAAUAAACGGUACAGCCCCGGCUAUUGCAUGGGACUGGACAAAAACGCCAAUUGCUGGAGGAAACUCUGAAAUAAUAUCACAAGGGACGAACAAUGCACGAAGACAAGUAAUCAAUUCUGCAACCAAACCAAAUUUAAAUAUAUAUAGCAUUACAGAAGACGAUGAAGGUAUAUAUAGAUGCAGGGCCAAUAAUGGGAAACAACAGUAUAUAAGUGAACCUAUAAUACUGAAAGUGCAAGAAGCAUCCUUGAGAAAAGUUCCAGGCGAACCUCAAACAAAUAACGUGUUAGAAGUUGAAGAAGGAAGAACAGUAAUGCUAACAUGCAGUUCUACUGGAGGAAAUCCUGCACCAUCAGUUGUUUGGUUGAGAGAUAGUAUGCUGAUCAGUACUGGUACUAACUCAUCCAUAGUAGGAAAUGUAACAACAACAACAUUAACCUUUGUAACGACUGCAUAUGACAAUCGAGAAGUAUACGAAUGUCAAGUGGAUAAUGGUUUUCUCCAGAGACCACUUGUGAAAACUACAUAUCUACUUUUUAGCUCUUCCAACAAACCUCCAGGUCAACCAAUAAUUACUGGAAUACAACGUUAUGAUUUAGGAGAUACAGUAACAUUAUCGUGCAGUUCAACAGGUGGGAAUCCUUUACCGACAGUGAAUUGGCUGAGAGAUGACAAUAUAAUCACAACUGGUAUUAGUAGAUUUUCUGGUAGUGGGGUGACAAGUAUAACGUUGACGUUUGUUGCUGGUUUAGAAGAGCACCUUGAAGUGUUUGAGUGUCAGGCUCAUAACAACUAUUUACAGAACCCUCUUGCAUCGACGACAUAUAUUGAAUUGUAUUUUGCUCCGAGAGUUCCAACACUGACCGGUCCUUCAUUCCUAAUUUCUGGAUCAUCUGGAAAAUGGACUUGUUCCUCAGCGAAUGGAUACCCUGCUCCAUCCUUAUCAAUGAGAAUCCAAGAUAGGCAAUAUACAAACGAGAUAACUGUAGUACAGUCAUAUGAUAUCAUUGACAAAAGUUAUUCAGUAGCUGGAACAUUGAAUUUAGUUCCAUCAACUGACAAAACUGGACAAGAUCUUUGCUGUGAUGUUAGUUAUCUUUUUGAUAACAACGAACCGCAAUCAACCUGCUUGCAAUUGACAAUAAAUGAUGAAGACGAAGACAAUAUCAUAAUUUAUGUCGUGAUUGAAUUUUGGCAGUGCUAGUUCUAUUUGUUUUACUUGUUGUAAUGAUACGAUACAUAAUAGGUCGAGAGAAAGGGAAAGACAAUGCAAACAGCAAAUAUGUAUCCCAACAGGCCGCUUUUUCAAACCAGCAGGAUAAUGCAGAUAUUAGUACACAUCGAGAUCGUGGCAGAGAUUUUGAAGGGUUGAGUUCAAACAGACGAGAGAUAUAUAACGCAUCACAUGACAAUGUAGAAUAUAGUCAUUAUUCAACAAUACCAGCAGACCAUGUGUUUGUGGACCCAAACCACACACACCCCUCCAUUUUGAAACAAAACAGUACUAACCUGCAACAGGACACUACUUACUUAGAACCGGAACAUUAUAUUCUGCUGACACCGGACAAUGUUUACUUGGAACCGGACCAGACUUACUUUCAACCUAUAAGUGGAAACUCAAUGACGUCUACAACGUAGUACACAUAACAAUCAAAAUGAAAAUUCUGGAGAUUUCUAAAUGUUUUGUUUGAGUGGAGUAAUAAUACAUGUUGCACAUAGAAUAAAUUUAAUCAACAAAUAUAAAUUUUAAAAUCGCGAUGGAAACAUAUUUCAAUCAUUUCUAUCGUUAAUUGAUCAUACUCUUUUAUAAUUAUGUAUGGAAUAAAUUAA